AUGAUUGACGGUGUAAGUUUCAUAAAGACACCAGCUGCUAAACCACAGCCACCUAAAUCAAACGAAUGCGGAGUAUGGACAACUGAUUCGCCUACAAUCCACAAUGCUCCUUUGCCAGCUGAUGGGCCGGGCUCGACUUCAUUUUCAAACUGGACUUUACUCAGUAUUAUGAGUUUGGUUCCUGGUUACAUUACAUACAAGCUUGGCUUGGGGUUCAAGACUUGGGUCUUCUUGUUUAUUGUAUUUGCACUUCCGAUUUUAAUGGCAUUCUGGUUGGUUAUGUCCACCAUUUCUCCAAGAAUCAAUGAUAAAGUCAAGUACCCAAACAGACCAAUUUCUUAUUAUUUGGAAUACCACACUCCUGAAUUGAAAGCCAAGUACCAAAACUCCAACAAUGGACACGGCUCCAAGAUCCCAAUUGAGACGUUCCAGGAAUUAUUUUUUGAUGGUAAAGUCUCUUUCAAGGGAGAUGCGUUGGAUGUGAUGGAGUACAAACACGAAUGGGCAAACUUUAGAUUUACUUGGGGCUUGUUCAAGUUUUUCUUAUUUGGUAUGAUUCCAGAAGUUAUCUUCCACACGCAAGCUCAAGAUGAGGACCAAGUUGGGGAAAACUAUGAUCGUGGUAAUGAUUUCUACUCUUGGUUCUUGGGCCCGAGAAUGGUUUACACUUCUGGUGUGAUUAGUGAUAUCAACAGAGAAGAAACUUUGGAAGAGUUGCAAGAUAACAAGUUGAAAGUUAUGGCUGAGAAAAUUGAUUUGCGUGAAGGAGAAUAUGUUUUGGAUAUUGGAUGUGGAUGGGGUGCAUGGACCACCUACGCCUCCACUCAAUAUGAUGCUAAAGUCACUGGUAUCACGUUGGCCAAGAACCAAGUUGAAUGGGGUAAUCAAUGGUUGAAGGACAACAAUGUGCCACCAGAACAAUCAAAACUUGUCUGCUGUGAUUAUCGUGACGCACCAAAAUCUGGUAAACCAAACGGUAAAUGGGACAAGAUCACCUCGGUUGAGAUGGCUGAGCAUGUUGGUAUUAGAAGAUUGACUGCUUACUUGGAACAAUGUAGGGAUGCAUUGGAGGACGAUGGAUUAUUCUUUUUACAAUACUCUGGGUUGAGAAAGAACUGGCAAUACGAGGAUUUGGAAUGGGGAUUGUUUAUGAACAAGUAUAUCUUCCCUGGUGCUGAUGCCUCCACCCCAUUGAGUUUUGUUGCAAGUUGUUUUGAAGCUGUGGGGUUUGAAAUUGUUAGUGUUGAUAACAUUGGAGUUCACUAUUCAGCCACUAUUUGGAGAUGGUACAGAAACUGGAUUGGAAACAAGGACAAGGUAGUCAACAAGUAUGGUAUCAAGUGGUACAGAAUUUGGGAGUUUUUCUUGUCAAGUUCAGUUGUUGCCAGUAGAAACGGUACUGCCACUUGUUAUCAGUUUGUUUUAAGAAAGAACCUCAACUCUUAUAGAAGAAUUGAGUACGUUCCUAAACAACAAGGUCUUCAAGGUGCCAUCAAGGGAUCUAGUAAGUGGACUAAAGAGUUUACCAAUUGGCAUUAA